CUUCGAUUUGUUAACAAAAACUACUCUAAAUAAUUUUCUUCAAUUUGUUAACAAUUGAGAUAGAGCUGAGAAUCCUUCAAUGGACAAGACCAGGAAGGAGAAGAGGAAGGAGAGGAAGAAGAUGAAGAGGAAGCAGCUCAGGAAGGAGGCGGCCGAGAGGGAGAAGGAAGCCGAGGAGGCCAGGCUUAACGACCCCGACGAGCUCAACAGGUUGGAGAGGGAGGAGGAUGAAGAGAGGGAGCGGAGAGAGAAGGCGUUGAAAGAGUUCGAGGAGAGAGAGCGGGCUUGGAUCGACGCCAUGGAGAGGAAAAGGCAGGAGCAGGAGGAGGAAGCGGAAGCGGAGGCGGAGGAGAACACAAGGAAGGAUCUAGAAGAGAAGGCCAAGGGAGAAAAAGAGGUUGAGCAAGAGAAUGAAGAUGAUGAUGAUUGGGAAUAUGUAGAGGAAGGGCCUGCAGAGAUUAUAUGGCAAGGCAAUGAGAUAAUUGUGAGGAAGAAGAAAGUGAGGGUUCCAAAGAAACAUGUGGACCAAACAAGUAAACAAGAGCUUGUUGAUAGGCCAACAUCCAACCCUCUUCCUCCACAGUCUGAUGCUUUUGCUGAUUACUUGAAUGCAUCUUCAGCCCAACAAGUGUUGGAGACUGUUGCUAAAGAAAUACCUAACUUUGGAACUGAACAGGAUAAAGCCCAUUGUCCUUUCCACUUAAAGACGGGAGCUUGUCGAUUUGGUCAGCGCUGCAGCAGAGUCCAUUUCUACCCUGAUAAAUCAUGCACGUUGCUUAUCAGAAACAUGUAUACUGGUCCUGGCCUUGCUUGGGACCAAGAUGAGGGACUUGAGGUCUGUACAUGCUGCCUUCAUGCCGUUCUUAUUUUUGGACUCACCUUGAUCAGGGUUCGAAGUUUUGGCCUUGAUUAGGUUGGACCUAGAGCUGUUGGCUUUUCUGUAUCCUACUUGCUGGACAUGGGAGUGGUUAUCUUAUUAUUAUUAUUAUUUUAUUAUUAUUAUUAUCAUUUUCUGUUAUUCUUUUCUGUUUGUUUGCUUCUCUUUUUUCUAGUCUGUGUGUUUCCUUAAAAAUAAUCAUUGUCCCACCUUUUGUGAAGUACUCGCUGUUCUAGUUACUGAGGAAAUUUAUAUUAAUGUUGAAUGAAAUUUCAUCCAUUUGCAAUUCUUAUAGGACUCAUAAAGAUUUAUAUAGCAAUGGGUUUUGAGGAAUAUUCUUUUGUUGGCAGUUCAUUUGGUUACUUCAGUUAGGUAUUUUCUCCUUGACAAAUGGUAGCUUGUUUGGCAAACGUGGUAAUUUUAGAUGUUUAUUAAGCAGAGGUCUUGCAACAUGAGGGGUAAGAUUGGGGAGGCUUUUACCAAUUUAUAUGUCAUUUCAAUUGAUGCUCUUGUUAAAGUGUUUAAGGAAAUUUAAAACAAGAUUUUUUUUUUUUUAAUAUAAUAAGAAUCUAUCU